AUGGGAUCCCUUAAGUUCAAGCAGAAGGAACUAGACCAGGCUGAGCCCAGCCAAGUCACAGUUUCUGGAAAGCAACAGAAUUUCCUCUUCUACCAUUCAGGUACUUUGUGGGAAACACUGAAGCUUAGUUACACAGUACCCCCUAAGCUCAAGCAUAAGGAAUCAGGACAGCUAGAGCCAGGCAGAGACGCCAUUUCUGGAAGGAAACUACAGGCUUCCAGGCUUUCCAUUCAGGUUUGUUUAGACUUCAUGUCUUUGCUGAAAUGCACAGAAUUCAUCUAUUGUGUUUAUUUUACAGAUGAGACAAUCUUUGAGGACUUUCAGCCAGACUCUGAACAUGAAAACAAGAAAAUACAAUUCAGAGAUGAAGAAGGAAUGGAAACUAAAACUGCCUGUAUAUCUCCUUCUAAACAAUUAAAAUUACAAAAAGAAGGAUUCUUCUUACCUGGUACCUACCAGGGCCAGUGGGCCGGAGGCAUGCGACACGGAUACGGGGUGCACCAGAGCGUGCCCUACGGCAUGGCCACGGUGAUCCGCUCGCCCCUGCGCACCUCCUUGGCCUCGCUGCGCAGUGAGCAGAGCAACGGCAGCGUGCUCCAUGACGCCGCUGCUGCUGCCGCCGCAGACAGCCCGGCUGGCACCCGAGGUGGCUUCGUGCUCAACUUCCAGGCCAACUCUGGCCUCUCGGCUGGGAAGAAGAAAGGAGGCCUGUUCCGGCGAGGCUCCCUUCUCGGCAGCAUGAAACUCCGCAAGUCCGAAUCCAAGUCUUCCAUCUCCAGCAAGCGCAGCUCGGUCCGCAGCGACGCGGCCAUGAGCCGGAUCAGUUCCAGUGACGCCAACUCCACAAUUAGCUUCGGCGACGUCGACUGUGAUUUUUGCUUGGUGGAAGACCAUGUGGACACCACCACCACGGAAACCUACAUGGGUGAGUGGAAGAACGACAAGCGCAGUGGUUUCGGCAUCAGCGAGCGCUCCAACGGCAUGAAGUACGAAGGCGAGUGGGCAAAUAACAAGAGGCAUGGAUAUGGCUGUACAGUGUUUCCUGAUGGCUCCAAAGAAGAGGGAAAACACAAAAAUAAUGUUCUGGUCCGUGGAAUAAGGAAGCAGCUCAUACCAAUAAGAAAUACAAAAACUAGGGAGAAGGUGGACAGAGCAAUUGAAGGGCACUUUAGCCUGAUUGUUAAUGAACCUGAUGGAUUUCUGGAAGAAUGGGUGUUACCUGAUCAAGCAGAUUAG